AUGGAAGUGGCACAAGCCCCGCUGCAAUUGACACAAGAGCAUCAAGAUGGAAGAAUGACAGAAGGAAAUACAGCAUUCAAUACAGGAGAAAGCGCUACAUUAAGGAUCGAAGGCGAAUCGGAUCGAUCGUUAGUCACAGAAAGUGACGCAGCUGGUGUUGCAGAAGAGGGAUCUUCGUCAUCGCUGUCAAGUAUAUUCAUUCGUUCGAGUGACGAAUCUAUGGAAGGCGGAGAAGAACUGAACCAGUCUUCAUCUGGAGGUUGGAAGAACUCCUCUUCUUCAUCGUCUGACAGCUCACUACCAUCAGACUGUGCAUUUCUUUCAGCAGAAGAAAGCACAUCACCAUUGCGAUGGUCACCACCGACGUCAGCGGCGCUGGUGGCAGCCGCUUUGGCACCACCGGCGCUUCGACCCUGGCUACCAGAGCCGCCUACAAAGAAGGCGAAUCACUUGGGUAAGACAGGUUGGCAUCAUCACUGA